ACUCACAAAAUCUGGGAAGAAGUAAAGAAAUUGGGGCAUAAACCCUAACCCUAAACCCACUUCCGCCUUCCGGCGCGCAGAGAGAGAUGGGGAGGUCGCGAAGGAAAUACAAGAGUUCAAGAGCUAAGGUGAGAGUAGGAUUGCCAAAGAAAAACCCUCACAUAUUCAAACCGGCGUUCAAUGUUCCGCCGAAGCUCCGGUCUCUCCUGGAUCCUCACUCACAGUGGGACGAAAAGGGCAGCGUCAUUGAGAAUUACAAGUCCUUUGGCGUCGUUUCCAACCCCAACUUGCUCGGCGUCCGCUCUCGCACCUCCCACAUCGUCGAGAGCGAUUCUCUUCAGGUCCCGCCGCCCGCUUCCGCCGAUGACGCCGACUCUGACGCCGAGUUCCAGCCUCUCGAUUCCGGCAGCGACCUCGAGGAAGACGACCUGAAGUCUGCACUUGGAAAGAAGCGACGAGAUGGGCAGAGUGCACCUCCACAACCUUUAACAGCGAUGCAACGGGUUUAUGUUCGCAAACUUGUGGAGGAAUAUGGAGACGACUACCAGCGCAUGUUCAUGGACACGAAACUGAACAAGAUGCAGCAUUCGGUGGCAACACUAGAGAAACUAUGCAAAAGAUACCACAUGUACCAAGAUAAAAACCCCUUGAUUGUGGGUAGUUGAGUUGAGAACAAAUGUUGUACAAUUCAACACAUUGCCAAUGGAUUGAACAAAUGAGUUUAGACACAUGAUGAGGGAUGUCAUAGCUUUACAUAUUUCAAAGGUUUCUUUGUAGAUGACAAUAUUCUGUUACCAUUUCAGUUUAAGAUAUUGUGUGGAUGAUGCCAUUUUGAUUAGGGUGUC